GUUUAAAGUAUUGCCUGACCAGCUUUUCCUUGUCCAUUUACACCAGCAUGCGUCCCAUCAAGAACGUCACGGCCAUCGGAGCCUCGGGAACACUUGGUGCCAUCGCUUUGAAGAAGCUUCUUGAAGCGGGCAAGUUCAAUGUCACCGUCAUUAGACGUGCUGGGUCAACCUCAACUUUCCCUGCCAACGUCAAGGUUAUCGACGUUGACUACUCGUCUCUGGCAUCAUUGAAGUCUGCAUUUCAAGGGCAAGAUGCAGUCAUUUCAUUUGUCCCCACCUUUGCAGCAGAUGCCCAGAAGGCCUUUGUCGAUGCUGCCAUUGAGAGCGGAGUCUCUCGCUUUAUCCCUUCGGAGUUUAGUGCCAACCUCGCCAACCCCAAGGCCCGCACCCUCCCAACAUUCAUCCCCAAAGUCAAGCUUCAGGAGUACUUGAUAGAAAAGGCCAAAGGCUCUGGUCUCACAUAUACCUUCAUCUAUGGUGGCGGCUGGUUAGAUGCAGGCUCGCAUCGAAGUUUCCUCAUCAGCAGCACUGGCGACACAACCAAUAGGUACGAUGGUGGCGACGUCCUCUUCAGCGCAUCAACCCUAGAUACUGUCGCGGAUGCGAUUCUUUCGACUUUGGACCACCUCGAGGAGACUAGGAAUCGAGCUGUGCAUGUCCAUAGCCUUGUGACGACCCAAAACCGUCUACUCGCAUUGGCUAAGGAAGUAGCCCCCGAGAAAUCAUGGGACACAGUCGACUUCAAACUCGACGACUUGAUCGCUAAGUCUGACACGAGACUGGCGAAGGGGAUCACCGACUUUGAGACGUUCGCUCCGUAUAUCCUCCGUGCCAUCUUUGAUCCUGAUUUCGGUGCUUAUUAUGAGAAGACUGAUAAUGAGCUCUUGGGGAUCAAGGAGGCAUCAGACCAGGAGGUUAGGGAGAUUAUCCGAAACCUACUGAAGCAUUGAAAUGAGUGGAAUGGUUUCGCUGCAUUCGCUAUGUAUAUACAGAAUUCGCUAGGCGUCCAAAACUCCACCGUCCCGCCUAAUACAUGUCUUAUAUAGAUAACUUAACGC